AUGCAUUCCGGCACUUCCAUAGAUGACAAGUACGCCGCACACGAGGCAAAGAAAUCCAUAUACCUCGCCGAGAUGAACGCCAUGAUCGCCAAAUCCAAGGAAGAGUUUGACAAGUGUAACUUGAAGAAUGUUGAGUCUCUCAUCGGAUUCAUCAUCUUGUUUGUCGCGAGCACCCACAUCAGAACAAGCACGAGGCCAUCAUCAUGUCCCGAGACACGAGCAGGAGCAUUUCCAAGAUCCCGCAUGAGGAGAGAGACAAUUUCGACAUCCCCGAUCAAGACCGCCGUCUUGCCCACAAUGCGGCAGCAAUGCAUGGGCGUGAUCAUGAACCUGGCGCAGAAUCUGGAGUCCAUGUCGUCCGGCGACACGUUCGAGAUUGGAAUCCACGUCAAGGAGAAGGAGAUGUGCAGGAAGAGGAACAAGGAUCCGUUCCAGGAGCCGAUCGAGGUUCACGAACAUGGGAGGUGCUCAUCGUACAGCGACAUGGCCGAAAUGUUGAGCUACAUCGAGGCACGACCUCAGUGGGACAAAGAAUUCGUAACGAAGAAUACGCCUUCGCGAAGAAUUUCAACGCCCUUACCCUCCUUCCUCGUCUUGCCUUUCCCACAUAAGCUGCAACCUGACCCUCUUCUCUACAUUUCCACAAACGCAUUCAAACAAUUUCUCAGCAACGCGAGCAUGGGCUGUAGCAAGUCUUCGAACAUCAUCCAGAGCAUCACAGGACGCAAAAGCAUCUUCCAAAGUCCAGCUCUUGCCGUUGACUCCAUCCAAAUCCAUCAGCUCCAGUAUCCAGUAUCGUCAUCAGCGGCAUCGUUGAUUCACCACCAGUACACAGCCUCCUUGAGGGAUCUGGGAAGCAUGCUGACCGUUGUGUAUCACUGGUUGCCUGUUGCCUUGUCACCUCCUCGUCUCGCCUCGCCUCCACAAACGCAUACGACACACAUCGCCACGGGCCUUCCAACCACCAGCCAGAAGAAGGCCCGCAGGGAAAAGACGAAUGCCGUCAAGGCUGACGCUGUUGGUAUUGGUCCAGGUGCUGCCUCGAGUCGCAAGUAUCCAAUGCCGAUGCCACACACCGACGAAGAGUGCACUGCAUUCUUCUUGAACAGGAUCGACAAGAUCGCCGACAUAGGCAUGAUGGAUGUACAGCGUCUAUUCCACGCCGCCGUCGAAGCCAGGACGUGUGCGCGCCUUGCCGCUGAUCCCAAUCCGAAGAGUCGUGUGCUCAAGACCAAGACCGAGGCUCGCGUUACGCUCGCGUUCAAGAUCACGUCGCGUCACUUCCCAGCAUUCAAAGCUCUUGCGUUCAGCACUGGUGGCUUGGCUAUCGGCUUCGAUUGUGGUAUGGCGCAGAUGACCACUUUUUCGGUGUUCGGAGGGUGUUGUUGUCUCAGAAGAAGUCUGCGUCUUGAAUGA